AUGGGGCUGAAUCCGAGAGGAAGAGGCCGUGGUCGAGGUGGUAAAAAUAUUUUUCCUAAUAAAAAUGGUCGUCGAGGUGGAAUGGGCGGACAAGGUCCAAUGUUUAGACCCGGACCUCACGGCAUGUUUUACCCACCUCCUAUGGGUUUUCCUCCAGAUCCUCCUUUCGGCGCUCCAUAUUUUCCCGGUCCAUCAAAUUUUAAUUUUGGGCCGCCUAGGCCAGGGUUCGGAAAGUUUCCUAAAAAAAAUUUCAGGCGGAAAACAAUACAAAAAAAUGAAGCACCUGCACCUGAAAUUGAUUUGACAAAGCCAUGGGUAACAGAUGAAAUUAAAAGUGAAGAAACUAAAAAAAUAGAAUUAUUAGAAACGUGGAGGAAAUCAAAAGAUGAUAAUGAUUGGAGUAGUUAUAAGUCACAAAAGCAAAUUGUCAAAGAUAUGUAUGACAAAGCAAAAGAUGAAUAUUUAGCUAAUCAUCCCGAAGAGCUUAACAAAUCAUGA